CUCUCUACCUCUCUACCACCAGCACUCUCUUACUCACUCAGUCAAAGGGGGGGAUUCUCCGUUAGCAGCUGUAGCUCAGUGUGAGCCUCACUUCUCAUCAUCAUUUCAUUGAUGUCCUCUUGUUGUUUUUUUUCUCUCUCUCUCUCUCUCCUCUGAAUUAAAUUUCUCAGCAGCCGAUGUCACAGCUGACAUCCAGAGUCUGGAUGCUACCGAGGUGCACAAAAGGUGGAGGGAACGGAAAAGAGAACUUUAAGGUUUAGAAAGAGUGCACCUUUCUCUUGAAUCCAGAAACUUUGGACAGGUUUAUUCACUGUUUUACUCAACAAUGGAAGGAUUUUUGUUGUAGUGGAUGUCUAAUAUUGGUUGUUCUCUCCCCCCUCGAGACUCCUGGAUAUAGAUUUCUUUUCUUCGUCUUUGGUUCCACCUGCGUGUUUCGCCCCUGAGAUACUCCGCAGAGUCUCUUGUUACUUUUAUGGAGCGUGAAAUAUUUGAUGUAAGUGUGAAGUUUUGGAGGAGCAAAGUGAGACAAAUCAUGGCUGAUGGAAGUGCAGCUGUGUUGUGAACCCUCCAGUCCGUGCAGGCAGUCCAGAGAUGACCACAGUGUCAAUGGAGCCUGUCGGAGUCCUCGUUGAAGGGGGCGCCAACGCCACCGACCCGUCUCUGAACUCACAUGAGGACACAGCAGCCACCUUUACCAUUGGCACCAUUCUCUCCAUCAUGUGCCUCGUUGGAGUGUCAGGGAACAUCUACACCCUGGUGGUCAUGUGCCAAUCCAUGAGGACUUCAGCCUCAAUGUACAUUUACAUCAUUAAUUUAGCUUUGGCAGAUCUGCUGUAUCUUCUCACCAUUCCCUUCGUGGUCUGCACACACUUCCUGAAGGGCUGGUACUUCGGGAACACCGGGUGUCGCAUUCUGAUCAGCAUGGACUUCCUGACCAUGCAUGCCAGCAUCUUCACACUGACGAUCAUGAGCACAGAACGCUACUUUGCAGUGCUCAAGCCGCUCGACACGGUCAAGCGGUCUAAAAGUUACCGGAAGGCCAUUGCUCUGCUGGUGUGGGUAGCUUCUCUAAUCCUGGCCCUACCAAUGCUUGUGGGCAUUCAGCUAAAGACCGUGGGCAAGAAAGUCAUGUGUCAGCCCACCUUGUCCCCACUCUCCUACAAGGCCUACAUCUCCGUCCUGUUUUGCACAAGCAUCGUCGCUCCAGGACUGAUCAUUGGCUACCUCUACACCCAGCUUGCCCGCACGUAUUGGGUUUCACAGACGGAGACCUUCAAACAGACCAAGAAACUACCCAACCAAAAAGUUCUGUACCUGAUCUUCACCAUCGUCCUUCUCUUCUGGGCAUGCUUCCUGCCAUUCUGGAUCUGGCAGCUGCUGGGUCAGUUCCACGAGUCACUGACCCUCUCCACCAAAGCCAAACGCAACAUCAACUACCUGACCACGUGUCUGACGUACUCUAACAGUUGCAUUAACCCUUUCCUGUACACGCUACUCACCAAGAACUACAAGGAGUACUUGAGGAAGCACAAGCGCUCCUGGACGGCAGGCAGCUACUUCAACCGGAGGAGCCGUUUUCAGCGCUCUCCUCGCAGGUCACCAUCUUCCAGCAGUCAGCAGUGUACCGAGAGCUUCAUGCUCUCCCAUACAGCCUCCCUGCGAGCUCAUAACAGCAGUUUGUGAGGUAGGAGCAGCUUUCACUCACUGACAUAUGAGGUUUUCGGAGGUCAUGCGAAUAUUAAAAUAAUUCAUCCUCAGUAUUUCCUGAAACAUACCAUGGUUCUGCACCAAUUUCCUGUAUUUGUCCCGUCCUUAUACUAACAAUUAUGCAGCAGAAGCCUAUGAGCCAAUGAUAUAGCAGGCUAGGCAGCAGUGUUAGAGGUUUCUAUCGGAGGAAAGCCUGAUUGUGUGACUACAGAUGGCAUUGAUUUCUGGCUCCCUGAAAACAGGUUUGUUUAGGAUUCCCACUUCCUGCUGUGCAUUGUAACAUGUGGGAGAAGUGCCUCCUGUUGUUUAUGUAUGGACUUGGCAUGCUUUGUGAAACUUGUUCAAAAAUAAUAAAUAUUCACGAGCGUUUGACAUUUUGAAGGUUUGGAAAAGGAAAUAGGAUUUUUGUGCCAUUGGGUUUCUGAGAUGUAUGUACUUUGUCAAGUGGCACAGAGCAUGAAUAAGUCAAACUCCUAUUACAUAAGGGCCGGUCAUAGAGUUCCACUUACAUGUGUCAAGAGAGGCAAAACAUUUCCAUACACAAUUACAUAUCUUCUCUCUGCAUUCAUACUGGCACAUAUUACAAUGUAUAUGUUGAUUGAAGCUCCACUUACUGACUUUUCAGGGAUUUUACUGAAUAGUCUUCUUUGAGGCACAGAACAGUAAGGGACUGAAAAAAAAAAAUGUCUUUCAUAUACAAAUUGCAUCAGUUGUAAUGUUGUUAUAUAUACGUUUCAAAACACCAAAAACAAAGUCUUAGCUGUUGUGUGCUUAUGCUGUCUGCCUGUAACUACUAUGACAAAAUGUGGUUUUGAAGAAAAAUGAUAUACUAAAUAUUUAAAAAAAGCGUUUUGUAUAAAUAUAUGUGACUCAAAAUCAUUAUUACUGCCACUGCUUAAGGAUUAUGGCUGCGGCAUCCUCUCAUCCUGUUUACUGAGCUAGUAAACGUUUUAUUUAUUCAGGAUAUUUAAAUAUUUCUUAUUCUAUUUCAAAUGUCAGACUGAAUAUUCUUAAGAAUAAAAAUGUCAUUGCUCU